AUGGCCGACGAGAAGAGAAACGAGGUCACCAGCGGCCCGGCCACAGAGGUCCAGCGUGACAGCGACGCCCACUCGGACGUCUACGUUGACCGCCCCAAUGGCUGGAUCUACCGCGGCUUCAAAUUCCGCGGCAAGGAGAUCUGGUACGCCUCGCCCACCAUCCAGCUGCUCAUGGUCUCCCUCGUCUGCUUCAUGUGCCCCGGCAUGUUCAACGCCCUGAGCGGCCUCGGCGGUGGCGGCCAGGUCGACGCCCGCGCCCAACAGUACGCCAACACCGCCCUCUAUGGUGUCUUCGCCGUCGUCGGCUUCUUCUCCGGCACCAUCGCCAACGUCCUCGGCCUGCGCCUCACCCUGUCCUUUGGCGGCCUCGGCUACGCCCUCUACGCCGCCUCCUUCCUCGCCUACAACCACAUCCAGAGCUUCGCCUUUGUCGUCUUCGCCGGCUGCUUCCUCGGUGUCUGCGCCGGCCUGCUCUGGACCGCCCAGGGCGCCAUUAUGAUGUCCUACCCCCCUGAGAAGCUCAAGGGCCGAUACAUCUCCUGGUUCUGGGUCAUCUUCAACAUGGGCGGCGUCAUCGGCUCGCUCAUCCCCCUCGCCCAGAAUAUCAACAAGACCUCGGGCGCCGUCACCGACGGCACCUACGCCGGCCUCAUCGUCCUCAUGUUCAUCGGCCUUGUCCUUGCCAUGUUCCUCGUCAACGCCGACAAGGUCAUCCGCGAGGACGGCACAAAGGUCAUCCUCAUGAAGAGCCCCUCGUGGAAGACAGAGUUCAUCGGCCUCUGGGAGACCCUCUACCGCGACCCCUGGAUCAUCCUCCUCUUCCCCAUGUUCUUCGCCUCCAACAUCUUCUACACCUACCAGACCAACGGCGUCAACGCCAUCAUGUUCAACAUCCGCACCCGCUCCCUCAACGGCCUGCUCUACUGGCUCUCCCAGAUCGUCGGCGCCAUCGUCUUUGGCUACGCCCUUGACUUUCCCAACGUCCGCCGCAGCCUGCGCGCCAAGAUCUCCUUUGCCGUCCUCGUCGCCCUCACCAUGGGCAUCUGGGGCGGCGGCUACGCCUGGCAGUCCAAGCAGGUCAGCCGCGCCGAGGCCUCCACCGACGAGUACAAGGCCAACCACCUCGUCGACUGGACCGACGGCGGCGAGAAUUACAUUGGCCCCAUGUUCCUCUACUUCUUCUAUGGUUUCUACGACGCCGUCUGGCAGACCUGCAUGUACUGGUACAUGGGCGCCCUCUCCAACUCGGGUCGCAAGGCUGCCAACCUCGCGGGCUUCUACAAGGGUCUCCAAUCCCUCGGUGCCUGCAUCUUCUUCGCCCUCGACUCCCAAAAGAUCUCGUACGAUACCCUCUUCACCAUCACCUGGGCCAUACUCGGCGCCAGUCUGGUCGUCGGUGCCCCCGUCAUCUUGACCCGCAUCAAGGACACCGUCAGCGUCGAGGAGGACCUCAAGUUCUCCGACGAGACCAUUGAGGAUGUCGUCGUGGGCAUCGACGACAAGAGGGCUGGGACCGCGUAA